GGCGGCCGCGAGGUCCCCGGCAGUGCGGCCCCGGCGCGGAGCUGGGAGCCUUGGCCAGCGCCCGGCGCCCGCGCCCUCGACCCGCAGCCAUGGUGCCCGGGGCGCCCGGCGCGGCCCUGACCCUCUGCCUCUGGCUGGCGGCCUCCGGGGUCUGCCUGGCGGCCGGCCCCGGCGCGGCGGCUGCACGGCGGCUGGACGAGUCGCUGUCGGCCGGGAGCGUCCAGCGCGCCCGCUGCGCAUCCAGGUGCCUCAGCCUGCAGAUCACGCGCAUCUCCGCCUUCUUCCAGCACUUCCAGAACAAUGGUUCCCUGGUUUGGUGUCAGAAUCACAAGCAAUGUUCUAAGUGCCUGGAGCCCUGCAAGGAAUCCUGGGACCUGCGGAAGCAGCAGUGCCAGAGCUUCUGUGAGCCUCUGUUCCCCAAGAAGAACUACGAAUGCCUGACGAGCUGUGAGUUCCUCAAGUACAUCCUGUCGGUGAAGCAGGGGGAUUGCCCCGCUCCGGAGAAAGCCAGCGGAUUCGCCGCCGCCUGUGUUGAAAGUUGCGAAGUUGACAACGAGUGCUCUGGGGUUAAGAAAUGUUGUUCGAAUGGAUGUGGACACACCUGCCAGGUGCCCAAGACGCUGUACAAAGGUGUCCCCCUGAAGCCCAGGAAAGAGUUACGAUUUACAGAACUGCAAUCUGGACAGCUGGAGAUUAAGUGGUCCUCGAAAUUCAAUAUUUCAAUUGAGCCUGUGAUCUACGUGGUACAAAGAAGAUGGAAUUAUGGAAUCCAUCCUAGUGAAGACGAUGCCACACAUUGGCAGACAGUAGCGCAGACCACAGAUGAGCGGGUUCAACUGACUGACAUACGACCCAGCAGGUGGUACCAGUUCCGAGUGGCGGCUGUCAACGUCCAUGGGACUCGAGGCUUCACCGCCCCCAGCAAACACUUCCGCUCCUCCAAAGAUCCAUCCGCACCGCCACCUCCCACCAACCUCCGGCUUGCGAACUCCACCAUCAACAGUGACGGAACUGUGACUGUGGCUAUUGUUUGGGAUCUGCCGGAGGAGCCAGAUAUCCCAGUGCAUCACUACAAAGUGUUUUGGAGCUGGACAGUCAGCAGCAAGUCGCUUGUCCCGACGAAAAAGAAGCGUAGAAAAACUACGGAUGGGUCUCAGAAUUCUGUGGUCCUGGAGAGACUUCAGCCAGACUGUGAGUACAGCGUGGAACUGCAGGCGAUCACGUACUGGGGGCAGACACGCCUGAAGAGUGCCAAGGUCUCCCUUCAUUUCACGUCCACACAGGCCGCCAGCAAUAAAGAACAACUUGGGAAAACUAAAAAAAGUGUGAUGCAAAUACAGCCCCCUUUUCAAAGACGGCCCACUCGCCUCCUGGAAAUUGGCGCUCCAUUCUAUCAAGACAACCAACUGCAGGUGAAGGUUUACUGGAAAAAGACCGAAGAUCCCAGUGUCAAUCGAUAUCACGUGCAGUGGUUUCCAGAAGUCUGUGCGCACAAUGAAACCACUGGACCAGAGACGUCAUCUGGCAUGACCCAGGAAAAUUAUAUAAUUCUGCAAGACCUAUCAUUUUCCUGCAAAUAUAAGGUGACCGUCCAACCAACACGGCCAAAGGGCCGCUUGAAGGCGGAAACUGUUUUCUUUACCACGCCACCGUGCUCCGCUCUUAAGGGGAAAAGCCACAAGCACGUUAACUGCCCCGGUGAAGCAGGUCAUGUUCUUUCCAAAGUACCAGCCAAGCCCGAGAACCUUUCUGCUUCAUUCGUUGUCCAAGAUGUUAACAUCACGGGCCACUUUUCUUGGAAGAUGGCCAAGGCCAACCUCUAUCAGUCCAUGACUGGCUUUCAAGUGACGUGGGCUGAGGUCACGACGGAGAGCAGACAGAACAGCUUGCCCAACAGCAUCAUUUCACAGUCCCAGAUACUGCCUUCAGAUCAUUACGUCCUAACAGUGCCCAAUCUGAGGCCAUCCACCCUUUAUCGCCUAGAAGUACAAGUGCUGACCACGGGAGGGGAAGGGCCAGCCACCAUGAAAACCUUCCGGACCCCCGACCUCCCGCCGUCUGCAGCACACAGACCCCAUCUCAAACAUCGUCAUCCACAUCAUUACAAGCCUGCUCCAGAAAGAUACUAAACAGCUCAAAAAGAGGUUCGAAAUGGAGCAAAUGGAAGGUGUCAGCUUGUGGGCCUUCAAGGACUGGACACGCAUCCCUGCAGAAGCAGAAGGCCCCCCGCGGGACUUCACUCUCCUGUGUGACUUCAGCGCACUGAGUGCUUCUGUCCACCUCCGACGCAUCUGGAAACCAGUGACUAACAGUGAACUGGUGAGGAUGGGCACCAGCUUCCCAUGAGACAAUGAAGAAUAGGCCUGUGUAACUGCAGAUUCCGUUUCCACAUCUGGUUUUGCUAAUGUCUAUUGAAUUAUUGCUGAACUGAGAGUUCCCUGAAUUUGGAGCGGCAAAUUCUCAAAACAAAUUAGUGUAACAAAUACACAGUUCAUACACACAUGAAGCAUAAAGUUAAGGGAUAAAACUUAUUUUUUACUAAAUGAUUGAUUUGAUUUGCAAAAUCAACUAAGAUUGUACAGUUUUUAGGCCCUAUUUACUCAGAUCUUUCAAAAGAUGAUUUUUAUCACAUGCGAAUUUUAACCAAAAAUUUAACAUGAAAUAUACUCAUUAAAUCUAAAAACGCUCCCACUUCAAGCACCUGAAGCUUCAUUUUAUACAAGGACAAGCAAGAGUCCAAUCUGUGAAUUAUGAUUGAUGAAAGGCGUCCAAAGCAAGGUGGAGUUAGUGAAUUAAGCUGCUAUCCAGAUUUUGCCUUGGAGAAAUUUAAAUUCUUUCCUAGGAAUACUUUUUAAUAUUUCAAACUAUAGUAUAAGAGAUUUCCCAGAUAUGUUAUCUUUAUAUUUCCCCUUAAUGUGGAAAACAGCUGCCUAUACGCUUUGUUUACCAUCUUCAUGAAUCGAAAAAUUUACAAAGCGUCUUGCUUAAACUGACAGAAUCCCAACUAUUGAAUAUUUUCAAUUCUUCCCUGCGGUUGGCCUUUUCCUUAUCAAAGUAAGCUAUUUGUAUGCUAGAAUAUUCUCAGUAACGUGAAGAAGGGGCUUUGAUCGAUAGAAGACAGUGGUUUGCUUUUGAACAAGCUUUACUCUCAAAUCUGUUCUAUCCUGUUGUUUCGAAGAUUUCCCAGCCUCCACUGCCCCCGCAGAGCAUGAACUCAAGUCAAAACAAGUUAUCAGUAUAUAGCGUUGCAGUGUCUAUUGGGGCAACUUAAACACAGAAACGUUUGGUUUAAUAUACUUUUUUGUUGAGGAAUACCCAUAUAUAUGUUCAAAAUAUGCAUAUGUGUGUCGUUAUACUCCUAAGUGUGUGUGUCUAUGUUCACAUACAUGGACAUGCGUAUACCUUGAGGAUGAAUGACUGAAGACACUGUUUUCACAGCUCACCACUGGCGGAUAAACACAGUUCUAAAAGGUCAUAAGGAUAAUAUCUUUUCCCCAUCAGUGGUGAUUCUAUGAGAAAAGAGCAAUGUAUCAAAAUUAAACAUUUUUUUUAAAGGACUUCCUCUUGUCGUUAUCUACACGAGUAGCACCCUUAUUCUUGGGUUUGAAGGUGGGACUUGUCGUUUUGUUGUUUCCGGAAAGCCUGCGGAUGCCCUGACCAGUCCUGGGAAGAGCGGAUGGCUCAGGACUCCUUCACUUCCUGGAGUUUUGCAGCAGUGUCUAAAAGCAGAUGCGAUAUAAAAGGGAGAGAAACUAUUUUAUUAUUAUAUCGAUGCAUUUCUUUAGGAAACACAGCCCCAAAGCAUGGAUACCUGAUAAUGGAUAUUGAAAACUGUCUCCUGUGUAUUAAAAUAUUUAAACAGUUGAUAGUGCAGGCAGCGUUUUGCAGCUUUGCACAAGUGACAUAAAUGGGAAAUCUCAGAAUGGAAGUUCUCGCUGGUUCCAGAUGGUUUUCUGCAGCCCUUAGCUAACGUGGUCUGGGAUGGGCUUAUUGCCAUGUGUUGUGAAGUCCCCUGGUUCCAAGAAUGAUAUAUUUUGAAUGGAGAGAACGGGAAACAGCCUUCAUUUAAAACGCCCCCGCGCUUGAGCAGACACCAGAGAGCCUUCUCUGAAACUGUGGUUUAUUCCCGUGCCAUUACCAGCAUCUGAAUUUCAAAUUCUUAAACUUUCAAAAAUCAAGACUUCUAAUUAUCGGCUACAAGUUUAUCUUUUACCUUAAUUUGUCAUGAACAAAUCCUAAUAUUUGUGCCAGCAAAUUUUUGUACCAUUAUAUAGUUUAAAAUGCAGGAAUAUAUACAUAGAUACAAAAUAUUAUUAUUAUAUAAAUUUAAUUGUAUAAAAUUUAAUUAUGUUUCUUUUGUCUGGGUAAUAGACAUUGAGCAAAUAUAUUUUUAGUUCAAUGAAGGUUCUAAAGCUUACACCUUCCUUAAAAAAUCUAAAGCAGCUCUAAGGAGCAUGUAAUUUUGCUAUAAUAAUUUAGAUUUUAUUAGUAUUAUUGGAAGAAAAAUAUUAAUUAGGCAAUAAAACAUGAGUUUCUUUUAUGAAUUUCAAUAAUCUCCAAUAAUCAAAUGAGCAAAAAUAUAAUUACAAUUUUUUUAUUUUUAAAAAUGAGUGCCCUCAUAAACGGAUAAAAUCUAUGUUUUUUUAGAAAAAAAUCUAAAACUUUUUGAAGCAGUUAAUUCUCUGUUUUAUUGAAAUUAGAUGUAUUUCUCUCAUUUGAGAAAAAGUAUAUUCGGUGAUAGUAUUUACUCUUUAAAAAACUGAGCUCAUCAAAACUGCCAAGUUGUCAAAUCCAGGUGGCCAACUCGAGACGCCCUGAGCUACAUGCCUUCUCUUCAUUGACAGCGUUCGCUCUCUGAUGAGGAAUGCAUCUGCGCUAUCCGCAAAAAUCGCUGAAACUCAUGCAGUGAUUUUUAUAAACAAACGAGUGUCCUUUCAAGUCAUUCAUUGUUUGAAUAUGACAUAUUAGAGACGAUAAAGUGCAUGACAGGUAAUUUUUUCCAGUGUUUAUUAAACAAAGUUCAAAGUUUAAAAAUACAUUUAUAUCCCUGAAACUUAAAAGAGCGUGCAGCCAAGUCUCGGGACCAGGUUUUCUCCACCUCAGCACUGUUGACUUUACGGACCGGAUCAUUCUCUGGGAUGGGGACUGUCCUGUCCACUGGGGGAUGUUGAGCAGCCUCCCUGGUCUCCACCCACUCGAUACCAGGAGCACCUCCCCUAAGGUGUGACACCCACAAGUUCUGCAGACAUGGCCAACUACCCCUGGGGGAUAAAGGCCCCCCCGCUCAGAAUCUGCAUCGUAGAGUGAUCUUUACUGAAUAGAUGAAAAUUUGGCCUGUAUAAGGAGUGGAGUCAAUUGCAAAAGUAAGCCCCAGGGACUGAGGAACAGCUGGGAAGUUGCUACAUUUGAUUUCAAAGCCCUAAAUAGUGUCUUUUAUGUCCACUGAAAAACUUGUUUAAAAGACUGAAUUUUGACUUGUGUCUGUAUCAUGCAAGUACAGAUAUUAAUUUUGUCUUACAUGUCAGUCAACAUCACUUGUGAUAAUGACAUGUUUAUUUAAUGCCCUUAAAUGUACCAUGGAUUUCCUCAACUUUACUCCUUCCCGUGUUUGCAAAUAUCUCUGAAUCUUGUUACACAAACUUUACAUUGUAGCCAGAACACAAAAGCUAAAUAUGUGUGCAUGUACUUUGAAAUUCAUCUAAAAUAUAAAUGCAUAAAGGUGGUGACCCUUACCUAUGGUUUUGCAUGGCCGGACUCAGUUUUUACCUCUACUGAGUAUUUUAGCAAGUUAUCCCAUUUACAGAGUGAUUAACAGAGGUGUCUAUGUAAAGUUAUUAUUUUUCCUUUACUUAAUGAUAUUGUAGUGUGCAGAUAACAGAACUGCUAUCUUCUCAUCCAGAUGCUCUCUAGAAAUCAUGUCCCUUAGAGUGGUUGCUUAAAGUCAAUAUUUAUUUAUGUAUGUAAUAAAAAAAGAUUUUUGUGUCUGUCUGUCAUGUUAUUUAGAGAAAAGUAAUCUUGUAAAGAAAAAGCAUUUUGUAAAAAACAAAAAAGUAUUGUAAAUAGUCUGAUAUUCUGUGACUCAUUAUUUUCAUGUUAGAGUUUGUACAUACUGAUUCAGUAAUAAAGUAUCGUUAAACCUGC